AUGGUGGAUAAUAACUAUGAAAAAGGGGACAUAUGGAAAAAUACACCCUACAAUGAAAAUAGAGACCAGUAUAUUGAUGGACAAUGCAAUAAUCGUAAUGAUGAAAUAAGAAAUAAUAGGGGGAAUUAUGGUAAGAAUGGAAACUAUGGCAACAAUGGAAGCCAUGGUAAUAAUGGAGGAAACAGGAAUUACCAGACUAACAACUAUGGUUGUAGACUACCUUUAACCAUGGAAAGGAAAAGGCAGAAUUUGGGAGAUUAUCUUCAUGAACACAUUGAAGCCUGGGACAUCUUUACGAAUAAGGAAUCUAAUGAGGCCAUGCAAAUUGUUCAAGAUCCGAACCAGAAACUGGAGGAAAAAAGACAAAGACUGCAAGAGUUGGGAGAAGAAGAGGAAGUUGAGAGCGAUUCUGGAGAAAAUGAGGUCAUUUCAAGAUUCAGGAGGUCUAAGAGGGAGGAAGAGCCUGAAGCACAAGAUGAAAUUGUUGCAAGGGUGAACACAAACAUUUAUGUCACAUCAAAUGAAUAUACCUCUUUUGUGUCUGAUGAUGAGUUCAUCAAAUCAAAGGACUUCAAAUCUUUUUUGUAUCAAUUCAAGGGAAAAAGGGUUAGGGAAUAA